CUCCAGCUCAACAACCGCCAGCGCCGGACGUUCAUCUCCUCCCUCUUCGGCUUUACGUUCCUCGCGUCCGUCAUCACUGUAUCCGCGUCGGCCUUCCUUCCCUGUCCUGCGAACCGCGGUCGCUAUGCAGAUGGAGAGACAAGGGGCAUGGAGGGGUUGAGCGGAAGGAGAAGCGUUACCGUCGUUGAAAAGAAGCCGAGGAGAUGGAUAGAGGAGACGAGA